CUUAAACACAGGAGAAAUCCCAAUUCUCAGCAUCCUCAACAGAACCCUUCAUCUUCCUUCGCUUCUUCUCCUGUUUCUCAGAUUGAUUGAAGGUCAGAGAAGAACCUUAGCGAUGUUCGAAGAUUCGAGCUAUUUCAGCACUCUUCACGAGCCCGAUGAACCCAUGAUGCCCCCAUCUUUUGCAGAUAGCAGCAGCAGCAAUGAAUGUUUGUUAGAAGAUGAUAAGAUUCUCCCCUCUUUCAAUCUCGAUGAGCAGAUUAAUCAACAAUUCAGCUUCGACAUGGAAGUAGUAGGUUCGGUUCCUCAGCCCCCUUUUGAAAACCCUAAUUGGGACAUAUGUUACGGUGAUCAAAUACCACCACCGCCGCUGACACAAGCUCUCUACCCCGAUCCGACCUACCUCCGGUCCGGACCGGACGUACCCGAUCUCCUGAACCUGCUCGAACCGCCGCGAUGUGCAGUGAACCCACCGGCGAAUUCGAUAGCAUUGGACGGCGUAUCGAUGCUUUAUGAGCCGAUGAUGGGUAUGGGGACGCAAUCGAGGGUUUUGCGGGAUUUAUUCGGGUCGUUGCCGCAGAAUUACGGGUUGUUUUGUGGGUUGGAGGAGAGGGAGAGGGUGGGAGGGGGAGAAGGAGAGAGCAGGCGGUUUAAUGGAGUGUUGGAUUAUGGAAGAGAAAUGGUGAAGGGUGAGAUGAAGGGGAGUUUCGCCACUGAGAGACAGAGGAGGGUGCAGCUGAAUGAGAAGUAUGCUGCAUUGAGAUCCCUGGUUCCUAAUCCUACUAAGCCCGACCGCGCCUCCACCGUCGGGGACGCCAUUGACUACAUCAAAGAGCUCCUCCGAACCAUAGACGAGCUGAAACUACUAGUAGACAAAAAACGAUCAGGCACUCGAGAGAGAUGCUGCAAGCAGAUAAUAAGAGGAGAAGAGACCACAGCCUGCACUGACAUGGAGAGCUCCACGAUAAGAUCGGCGAAGGAAGACGAUCAGGAAAACCUACUUCCACUCUACGGACCUCUUCGAAGCUCCUGGCUGCAAAGGAAGUCUAAGGAGACAUUCGUUGACGUUCGGAUUAUUGAUGAUGAAGUGAACAUAAAGCUGACGCAGAAGAAGAAGACGAAUACGCUGCUUUUUGCCGCCAAGGUAUUGGAGGAGCUUAGGCUUGAUCUGAAUCAUGUCGCGGGAGGAAUUAUUGGGGAUUAUCACAUUUUCAUGUUCAAUGCUAAGAUAUGCGAAGGUUCAACAGUGUAUGCUGGAGCAGUAGCCAACAAGCUCCUUGAAGCCAUGGCUAGUCGUACAGUGCAGGAGUCCAUAUUGUACUUGUAGUAACCAUUAGAAAAUUGCAGCUUUAAAUCUAUGCCAAUAAAAUCUUAAUACUUUCUGGAGGGUGUAAAAAACAAUUCAUUGAAGGUGUUCUAACACAAAAUAUUGUUCAGAAUAAGAAAAGGAAAUGA